AUGGACUGCACGGAAGCAGGAGGCUGCGUUGAGAAGAGCAUCCCCAAGGUGGAUGAACCCAACCUGGAAUCUUUGGAGGAAAAGCUCUUCCCGUGCAGUGACUGCUCAUACGGAGCGACGCAGAAGUCAAAGCUCAAGAGACACAUCCUGAGUGUUCACCACCUGCCCUUCGAUAGCGCGCUGGACUCCAACUACCCCAAAAAGAGAAGGCGGCUGGUUGGACAGCACGCAAUGGAGAGCUUGCUCAGAGCGGAGCUGGGCACGGACUCGGCGAGGCCGCUGGGCGCUUCGGCCUGGGGAGGCUGCAUCAGCGCCGGGCAGAGCUACGAGACGGGGCGCGGACACGUGUUCACCAAGAGCAACGCCAAGAGCAGGAUGCAGUUCCUGAAGGACGUGGGCAUUCGGAACAUGUUCGUUUUGCCUGCGAUGAAUGAGUUUGUCCGAACACACAGGGAAGUCACACUGUUCAUCGAGCAUGCAUGGGCCCACCCGCCUCCAGCUGACUCUGACGUGACCAAUGGCAGUGAGGAGGAGGAGAGUGGAUCCGUGGAGUCCGAGGCCAAGUCAGAUUCUGAGUCCGAGUAUGAAGAGACCUCCGACUCGUCCGGGGAUGAAGAGGAUUGCCAGAAGUUCGCCCUUGCACCUUCGACCUACGAGGUGGAGGGGAACAUUGACGAGGCGGAGGAGAAGAAAGACGAGGUGGUGGAGGAGGUCGCCUCGGGCAUAGUGGCCGACGCGGAUGGAGCAGCCGUGUCCGAGGGUGAGGGGACAGCCGAGACGACAAACGCCGACGGAGACGUGGGGGAGGGAGAGGAGGCCAACGGUGGAGGAUCCGUGCAGAGCCAUCGUGGAGGACAUCCGGGAUGCCUGUCUUUACAGGCGGAGUGCAGGAGGCGCGAGUUUGGGAUCGGCAUUAAGUUGAGCAAGGACGCAGCGCAGCUCAUGGAGGUGCAGCAGAGCAUCUGUCCUCGGAGCUCUCCAGCAAAGACACGCACUUCGUCCUGGAGCUUGUGCAGGCGAGACGCUCUGCCUGCGCUCUUGCAAAUCCGCGCACCCACGCACACCUACACACACCAACAACAACGAACGUCAUUCGCCACUAAGUGGCGGUGACGUCACCUCGGCGCUUGUGCCAGGCUAUGUGCAUGGUAAGCUCACGUGAAGUGUCGAACGCCCGCUGGCAGGAGGUCACGGGACAGACCCAGGUGCCAUGGGUCGACUGACAGAUUACUGGACGAUGCACCACCUGGGCAUCUGGGCUACAUGACCCAGCCAACGCAGCCUUGCCUGCCGGAGGAGGUCACUGAUGGAACUUUGUCCAGAUCUUUCAAGGAGUUGUGAGCUCCUCACACAAUCCAGCCUGGUUAAAACCAUUGAUCGUAAACCGACCAGCCUAAAUGUUUGUAACCGGGAAAGAUGUUCCAUUAGGUGGGUCCAUGGUUCACAAACAUAAAGAAGGGAGGGCGUGACCGUGGCCGAGAAGACCCGAAGCUUCGUGUGGAGCGACACACCAGAUAGCUUCCACACAGCGUUACGCAGCCAAUGAAAAGAUAAUGCCGCUCGACUGAUUUGGAGUGAGACCUCCUGUCAAACCGGAGCCAGUCAUGAGCACACUGCCCAUGUAUGGAAAACUCUCCACUUUCUCCACAACUGCCCCAUCACCUAUUGGAAGUUGUGGGGGUUAAGUGUCUGAUGGCACAAAAUACCCAGGCAGGUGCUUAGUUUUGGUCGGGCUGAUGAUAAGGCACCACCUCUUCGUGGCAUGCUCCAGGUUCAGCAGCAGCACUUCCAAUUCCUCCUCUGAGUGAGCAGCAAUCACCAGAUCAUCAGCAUACAUAACGUGGUUGACCAACAAGGAGCAAUCUCUUGACUGCACCCGUCAUGGAUCAGCCGUCCAUUGUUUCUGUAUCAGAUGGAAAUUCCUCUGGUCCAGCCAUUGAAGGUUUCAUGAACUAUGUGGUCGAAAUAGAUGUUAAAUAAUUUGGGGGCCAGAGGACAUCACUGUCGCACCCCAAGGCGAACAGGGAAUGGCUCCGACUCCCAGCCACGUAGUUUUACCCGGGUCU